CGUCCUCCCGUGCACAUGGCUGCCGUCGUCGCGCGAUCUCCUCCCAUGCCGGGCAGGUCGACUCCUCCCCCUCAUCUUCUCAACGCAACGUCAAGAAACAGUCCUGCCGCCGUGCCCAACAAGCAUAUCCCCAUAUGCCCAACAGGUCCUGCGCCCGCUCUGCAAUUGGAGACCCCACCUUCGUCUCCUCCGUCCAAGCUCUCAACUAUCGAGACCUCCUCCAUCACCUACCCGCCAACCACCUACGGUAGCGAAUUCUGCAAUGAUCCACCUCUCUUCACCAUUGGUGCCCAGAGACUCGCUCAAGCUUUGGACCACCUCGCUACCCAGCCAUUGCCCAACCCCGAGCAGGUGUUUCCGUGGUUGCAUGGUCUUCAUGCCGAGAACCAGAUCCAAUUGAACUUCUUCACCAAUCGUCGAAAGAGUGUCCGAAAAAUCCCCAAAGGCCUCCGCAGCAUCACAAUCGUAAAGACGGGGGGCAAUCUAUCAUCUUCCAAGUUGAAGGGAGCCAUCGCCCCCGAUGAGCUCCUGUCACGUGGCCCCGACGAGAACUCGUUCAUUGAGUGUGACCCCAAGGAUGGAUUCUCUGUACGCAACUUCCAGAUUCAGGCCUGCAAGUUUGCCAUGGUAUCGGAUAUCAUUGUGUACGGAGACGAAAAGACCAGCCCAAGCGAGACCAUCGCAUUAGCUAAACGAAUUUCUAAAGCUCAGCGCCAACACGAAGCCAGACAUGGCCUUGCACGAUGCUCCUUCAACACCUUCAUAUUGAAUGAUUCGUUCGUUCACGUACAGGACGCCUACCCCGAGCUCGUUGGCAUUGAUUCCAAAGGAACCAUGACCGGUAAUGUGGCCGACUUCUUCUACUGGGAGCGGUACGAAAUGUGUGUCAUGUCAAAGGCUUCGGAGAUCAGUCAAAACGUCUUCCUUGGCCCUACUCCUGAUCCGGCCAUUGACUCGGGAUGCUUCAGUGAACAGACUUUCGACCUUCUAAUUGAAGCCAGCGAUAUGGCACAUGUACCAGAUACCAUGUUGCUGCGAAAGUCUCGUAGUAUCUUGGAGAGAAGCAAUCGCAGAGGGCCUCUUCACAUGGAGUUCCCAUCGUCGGGCAACAUCAUGUCCCCUUCAUGGUCCCACGCAGAAGUGGACGGGUUGAUGGACAUGUGCAAAUGGAUCUACGAACUUGCUAAUCCGCAGGAGACUAAGCAGUCUAGGCGCAAGAAGAGUGGAGGCGAUGAAGACAUCGAAAUGACUGACAUUGCGCGUUCACGCAAAAUCCUCAUUCAUUGCACGGACGGUUAUACUGAGAGUUCUCUACUAGGUCUUGCUUAUUUCAUGUAUGCUGAGGGUCUGCCGGUGCACGAAGCCUGGGUGCAGUUGCAUCGAGAUAAGGGACGCAAUUUCUUCGCAUACCCACAGGAUGUGUCUCUUCUUACCUCAAUCCAACCCCGCAUCCUUCAAGAUUCGCCACGUUUCAAUGAUAGCGUCUUGCAUAUUUCUGAACCGCAAUGGCUUCCGCGUAUAGACGGGAGUUUGCCUAGCAGGAUCCUCCCCUACAUGUACCUCGGAAAUCUUGGCCACGCAAACAAUCCAGAAUUGCUACGGGAGUUGGGUAUCACGCGCGUUCUCAGUGUCGGAGAGGCUAUCAGCUGGCCGGAAGAAUUGAAGAAAAAAUUGGAUUGGCCCGACGAGAAUCUGAUGAUGGUGGAUAGGGUGCAAGAUAACGGCGUCGACCCGCUUUGGGAUGAGUUUGAGCGCUGCCUCAAGUUCAUCGAGGCCGGAAAGUUGGAAGGUGGAGCAACCCUCGUACACUGUCGAGUCGGUGUGUCGCGUUCGGCCACCAUAUGCAUCGCUGAAGUCAUGAACGAGCUGGGCCUUUCUUUCCCACGUGCUUAUUGUUUCGUUCGCGCUAGGCGGUUGAAUGUCAUCAUUCAACCACACCUUCGCUUCACGUACGAGCUUCUCAAAUGGGAAGAGUAUCAACGUCAACGACGCAACGAACCUCUUCGCCGAGAGCUUGAGUGGGCUACCAUUGCGCGCGAGAUUGCGCUCAUGAACAAGCCUUACUCCAGGUGAUGUUUUGACAUCAAACUUUUCUUUUUACGAUUAUGCGAUUCACGAAUCAUGAUGGUACGACCUGGUAAUGUAACGAAAAUCAUGUGGGCCGGACCUGAUUCCUGGAUGUGAACAUUACACUACAUUGUGGCACGACUUAAGAUCGGUUAUUAUCUGGCGUUUGAACCAAAUUCUGGAACCGUCUAUAUGGGUUCUGUACGAUCGGUAGCUACCUUCUUCUUCUUCUUCGGGUCUCUCCGGACUGUUCUCGCAUCGGCCCCAUCUCUUCUGCACUGUUUGUUUGUCCGUAUGUCUUCAUUUUCUCCCAUGUACCGUGUGCUGGAUGUUCGACACUUAGGUCAGGUGACCCGGUUGCAUCUGUCUGUAUGGUCCUUGCAGUAGGAUAUGUGGGCUGGGAUGUAUAGGGUGGCUUGCUUUGUUGUCAAUCCAUUCAAUGUGUGUAUUAAAUCAUACGGGUAUUUGAGGAUGGGAGCCAUGGCGUUUAGGAAUAGGUUUCUGCGGUCCCCCGUACAUAGCACUGUCUUCCUGUGCAAAUGGGAAUGAUGAUCACGAACAUUAGACAUCUCUCCUUGUGCAAUCUUUGAUAUGUGAUUGU